UUGGUAUUUGGAUGCGUAAAACUUGAAGCGUCACUAGAGCUCUCUCUCUCUCUCUCUCUCUCUCUCCCGCCAUUGAAGUAACUAAUUACCAUUCCGAGAAUGAGAAUCAACGCUUUCUGUGUCUCAUCGUUUGCUUCUGUAUAUUCUCCUUUUCCUAAUCAUCAGGUUGCACUGCCGCAAGAUUCCAAACUUCGGAAACAUAGGCUGAACUUGAGGCUCACGCCAUUUCACUUGAAUUCGAAGAGGAGGACAACUUUCAUAUGUGCAGCCAGUCAAGAAGCCGAGGAAGCUUUUAAGAAGACUGUUGAAAUUGAUAGGCUCAUAGAUAUGCUCAGAGAAGCUAAUCCUCACGAACUCCAGAAACUUGUUGUCGAAAACAUCCUCGCUUUCAAUCCAAGCUUUUGGGUGCGACUUGCAGCAAGAUCUGAUACUUGCAAGUCUGAGGAUGAUAAAAGAGAUUAUGAAGAAUUGGCUGCGACAGUCAUGAGUGUGGUGGAUCUCGUGGUGCACAAGACUAAUGAAAAGAUAGAAUCUUCCACAGAUGUCCUAAAGGGAGUACUAAAACCUGUGAUUGAUGAUGAAGGAGAGAUUCCAUGGCCUCCUAGAGAUCCGCGGGCACUCACAUUGAUGGAAAAGGAAAUAAGUCAAAGGGAGCAAGAAGGACAGCUGGAUGAAGGGUUUCUUGCUGAAGUUAAUGCGCAGCUACGACAAGUGAGUCUGUCUUUCCGCCUUAUAUUUAACCUAAAAUAAUUUUCAGUAGUCAGUACUGAGUAGAUCUAGUAACAGCAAAUGUUGUCCAAUGUUCGCUAUCUAUAUCGUCCUUAAAACUCGUCGUAGUUAUUUACAUGUCAAACACAUACCAAGUGACCCUAAAAUGAAAAAAAGAUACUAACUACUUAGUUUACGAGGUAUCAACAAUUUGGA